GCAUAGAAAAGCACGGCGAGGCAUUCGAGUACACAAGCCGCAGCUGUUGCAGUCCAAGUACGGUUCUGAACCGAGUUUCCAGCGCAGAUUCCAGCUUCGAGCGACCAUGGUGGUCCCCAUCUCGUCGGCAGUCGGUGUCAUCACUCUCCUUGACGAGGAAGAGCCUGGACUGCAGUCCUACGCUCUCAAGAAGCUCAAUGACAUCGUUCACCACUCCUGGGCAGAGAUUGCCGAUAGCGUAGCCAAGAUCGAAACGCUCCAUGAGAACCCGUCUUUCCCAGAUCGCCAUCUCGCAGCACUCGUCGCAUCCAAGGUGUACUUUCAUCUUGGCGAGUUUGACGAAGCACUGUCAUUCGCGCUCGGGGCUGGCCCAUUGUUCGACGUAGAGAAGCAACGUGAGGACGAAUACGUCGAGACGGUCGUUUCCAAAGCGAUCGACUCGUACAUUGCCAUUGCAGAGGACCCGCAAGGGCCCGCAUCACAGGGAAAGGAUGAGGCAUUCAAGGCGGGCCUCGCGAAAAUUGUCGAUCAGAUGUUCGACAGAUGCAUCACCGACAAAGAGCACAAACAGGCAUUGGGAAUCGCGCUUGAAUGCCGGAGACUCGAUAUCAUUCAGAAGGUAUUCGAAGUGACCAAGGACGUUGCGCUUCUGACGUACAUACAAGAUGCCGUCAUGGGUGUCGUUCAGACGCUUGACUUCCGCAACCAGGUCCUGCACCUCCUCGUCCGCCUCUACCAAACGUUAUCUGCGCCAGAUUACUUCUCCAUCGCGCAGUGCUACGUCUACCUCAACGCACCCCAACUCGCAUCAGACCUGCUGUACGAUCUCGUGCAAAAGGCGCACAGAGAUGGUUCCUCGAAGCAAGCCAACACCCAAGACGACCCUUUGCUGAUCGCAUAUCAAGUCGCAUUCGACCUAGCAGAGAGCGCUACACAAGAGUUCCUCGAGACUAUCAGGUCCCAUCUUCAGAGCAAGGGCCAAGCCGAAGGAACUGGCGCUGCCAAGCAGGAAACGGAGGAUGCAGUUAAGGCGGCCGAGGAUGAGGACAUGAACUUAGGCGAAGAUGAGGAGUCGACAGUGGACAGUUGCCUUGACCGAAUUCGUUCCAUCCUUCUCGGAGAGGAAUCCAUCCAGCUGUACCUCGACUUCCUUCAACGCACCAACCACACCGAUUUGCUCGUCCUCAAGACGAUCAAGGACAGCCUGGACGCAAGGAACAGCGUCUACCAUUCCGCCAUGACUUUUGCGAAUGCAUUCACCAACGCUGGCACCACAUCUGACCGAUUCCUGCGCGACAAUCUUGACUGGCUCGCCAAAGCCAGCAACUGGAGCAAGUUCACCGCUACUGCCGCGCUCGGCGUCAUCAACAAAGGCAACCUCAAGGAGGGUAUCUCCAUUCUCCGCCCUUACCUGCCGCAAGAUGGCACGAGCAGUAGCGUCUAUUCAGAAGGCGGCUCGCUCUUCGCGCUAGGCUUGAUCCACGCCAACCACGGCACUGAAGUGAUGGAGCUACUCAAGAAAACGCUCAAGAACAAUGCAGCAGAGAUCGUACAGCAUGGCGCCGCCCUUGGUCUCGGUGCAGCAGGCAUGGCGACAGGCAACGAGGAGGUCUACGAAGAGCUGCGGAACGUUCUUUUCACCGACAGUGCCAUUGCUGGCGAGGCGGCUGGAUACGCCAUGGGCCUUGUCAUGCUCGGAACUGGUAACGAGCGUGCGGUGGAAGAGAUGCUCGAGUACGCACACGAGACUUCCCACGAGAAGAUCACACGUGGUCUCGCGAUGGGCCUUGCGCUGCUCUUCUACGGAAAGGAGGAACAGGCGGAUGCAAUGAUCGACACGCUCGUUGCGGACAAGGACGCCAUUCUUCGCUAUGGUGGUAUCUACUGCAUCGCCCUAGCAUACGCUGGUACGGGCAACAACAAGGCCAUCCGCCGCCUGCUGCACAUUGCCGUCUCAGACGUCAGCGACGAUGUCAGGCGCGCAGCCGUCACCUCACUCGGAUUCCUGCUCUUCCGCAACCCGACGCAGGUCCCUCGCAUUGUCCAGCUCCUUUCGGAGAGCUUCAACCCGCACGUGCGGUAUGGAUCAACGCUCGCGCUUGGAAUUGCGUGUGCUGGGACCGGGCUGGAGGAAGCACUCGAGCUGCUCGAGCCAAUGACGAAGGACCCGGUCGAUUUUGUACGACAAGGCGCGUGCAUCUCGCUUGCCAUGAUCCUCAUCCAGCAGAACGAGGUGCUCAACCCGCGUACAGCCAGCGCGCGCAAGACAUUCGAGAAGAUCAUGGGCGACAAGCACGAGGACGCCAUGGCCAAGUUUGGUGCGGCCCUUGGCCAGGGAUUAAUCGAUGCUGGCGGGCGCAACGUGACGAUCAGCCUACAGAGCCGAGGUGGAAGCAACAACAUGCCUGCCAUCGUCGGCAUGGCGCUCUUCAACCAGUUCUGGUACUGGUUCCCGCUCGCGCACUUUGCGUCGCUUGCUUUUACCCCAACCGCUUUGAUCGGCCUCAACCGCGACCUGCGCAUUCCCGAAUUCGACUUUGUCUCCAACGCGCGCCCGAGCCUGUUCGCGUAUCCCACGCCUGUAAAGCCGCCAGCGGAGAAGAAGCAGCAAAAGAUCGAGACGGCUGUACUUUCGACCACUGUCAAAGCGCAAGCGAGGCAGCGGACCAAGGAGAAGGCCAAAGCAGCUGAAGAAGGAAUGGACGUCGACGAGAAGGAGACGCCGCGACUGGUUGAUAUUAAGAUUGAUGAAAUUCCGAAGGAUAGCUCUGAGGCUGCCAACAAGCAGCGUAGGAAGCGCAAGCCAGAGCCUUCCUUCGAAGUGCUUGCAAAUUACUCGAGAGUCACACCCGCGCAGGUCAAGUUCAUCACCUUCCCGCAGGACGGCCGCCUCAUUCCAAUUCGCUCGCUGAUGGGCUACAACAAUCGCGAUGAGGUAUAUGAUAUGAGCACCAUCAUUGGCAAGCGCUUCCUUGGCGUUGACACGCCGCAAAAAGGCGCAUCUGGACACGUGACGCCGCUCAAGGUCCCCGGAAAACCGCAAAACGACGCUGCUCCUGCAGUUGAUGGCGGGGCUGGCAAGGACGGAACAGGGACAGCAAGCAACGCCAGCGGCCCGACGCCGGUCGCAGCGCGGUCGAUUCUUGGCUCGAGCAAUGCUGGCAGUGGAGGCGGAAUCUUGCUACUGAUCGAUCGCCGGCCAAACGAGCUGCUUACGCCACUCAACAUCUUCGGCGAUGCCAACGUACCUGAUGGCACCUCCACAGGCCCCAGUACGGCUGUCAUCGCGGAGCAGGGCCCAGACUCAGCGCGCGACGACAGCAUCUCACCCGAAGAUGCCGCGGCCAUCGCGAGGGCCAUGCAAAUGGACGACGACGAUGAGGAAGACGCGUCGAAUCAGCGCAUGGGCGUGGAUCAGCCAAAGAAGGACGAUCGGCCUGGCUCCGGAUCUGCAUGAGAGCAAGGCAGAAGCGGCGAAGCGAGUGAAUGAUGCGGAUGUAUUGCUGAGGAAGCGCGAAAAUGCAUUGGUACAACAG